AUGCAAGUGAAGAGCCUUUUGCUCAGCUUCGGCUACUUCUCGGUCGCAUGGGCACAACUUGCGGAUACAUCCGACUACCCAAUCGGACCAUUAACUUCGUCAGCUACAAAAUGGGCCACCAAGAUCUGUGAUAUAACCAACUAUGGUGCUGUGGCAGACGGGGAGACGGAUUCUGGGCCUGCAAUUCUGGCUGCCUUUAAUGCCUGUGCUUCUGGAGGUGUCGUGAACAUCCCGCUAGGAACUUUUGCUUUGGCCACUUGGGUUACUCUAAGCGGUGGGAACGCAUGGGCGAUUAACUUAGAAGGAGUCAUCGUUCGUACGGGAACUGCAGGGGGUAAUAUGAUUUAUAUUGAGCACAGCACUGACUUCGAGAUCUACUCUUCCCGUGGUGAGGGCGCAAUACAAGGCUAUGGAUACGAAUUCCUCUCUCAGGGGGAGUAUGGUCCACGACUUCUGCGUCUUUAUGAUGUGACGAAUUUUGCCAUUCAUGAUAUUGCCCUCGUUGACUCUCCGGCCUUCCAUUUGACCCUCGACACUUGCAACCAGGGCGAGGUCUACAACAUGAUCAUCCGUGGUGCAAAUGAAGGAGGUCUUGACGGCAUCGACUUGUGGGGGUUUGAUAUUUGGGUUCACGAUGUUGAAGUAACUAACAAGGAUGAAUGUGUUACCGUCAAGAGCCCUGCGAACCACAUCCUCGUUGAGGACAUCUACUGCAACUGGUCCGGUGGUUGUGCAAUGGGCUCUCUAGGAACUGAUACCGAUAUUACCAAAGUCGUUUACAACAAUAUUUACACUGUAAAUUCAAACCAGAUGUUCAUGUUCAAGAGCAAUGGAGGAAAUGGAUCGGUGACCGACGUCACCCUGCAAAACUUUAUUGGACAUGAGAACGCGUAUUCUCUCUACAUUGACGCAUACUGGACAGAGGAAACCUUGGCUGCAGGGGAUGGCGUCCUCUACAAUUCCAUCACAUUCAGUAACUGGACGGGAACCUGCGCUAAUGGUGCCCAACGAGCCCCGCUGUACGUGUUGUGCCCCUCGACUCAGCCAUGCACGAACAUCGUCAUCGAGGAUUUCGCCAUGUGGACUGAGUCAGGAAGCACUGAGUACUACAAGUGCGCAGAUGCCUGGGGGUCUGGCUACUGCUUACAUGGAGGAUCCGAACAUACUGAGUACGGCACAGUGACCUCAACAUUUACAUCUGCCCCGUCGGGGUACUCAGCGCCGACAAUGCCUGGUCAGCUCACUGCUGGGCUGGGAAUCACUACGUCCAUUGCAAUCCCAACGGUUCCUACCACGUUCUUCCCAGGGGCUACCCCUGCUACAGCUAGAGUCUAUAGUGGUUAA